CAGAACCGCAAAAAGCAAAACAUCCAAACAUUUUUUGGCCGAACCAUUAUCAAAAUUUGCAAUAAGAUUGUGAUGAUAUAAACCUUAUAUAAAUAACAGCAAAGUACCUAAUGUAAAUUGUUGUUAUAUUUUUUAUUUGUUAUUUACUUUCAUUUAAUCUCUAUUUAUUUCCAUUUCAUACUUAUUUUAAUUUAAAUUUUCACAUAUUCACAAACAAAAUGGAUCCACGUCCCAAAAUUUUCAAAUCAUUACUUCAUGAAAUUUCACUAGUACUGCUUGUAUGUCUUGCUCAAUUUUUAACCCAGGGUGGUAUAACCAUGUGUUUAAGUACCAUGAAUAUAAUCAUAGAUACAUUCGAAACAGAUGAACCUUCACUAAAGGUUUGGUUCAUGAGUUCAUUUGCAUUAACUAUAGGUACUUUUAUAUUGAUCAGUGGGAAAUUAGGUGAUUUGAUAGGAUUCAAAACCAUGUUCAUAACAGGAUGGAUAUGGACAUGUAUUUGGUCUUUAAUUACUGGAUUAUCUAUAUUCACCAAGUCAAUAGUUUUCUUCAUUGUAUGUCGUGCUUUCCAAGGUAUUGGGUUUGCCAUGUUAUUACCUUGUGGUAUUGGUAUCUUGGGAAAUAUUUAUCCUCAAAAUAAUUCAAGAAAGAAUUUAAUGUUUGGUUUAGUUGGUGCUAAUGGUCCUAGUGGUGCCAUGAUAGGUGCUUUAAUUGGAGCUGCUAUAGCUCAAACUUGGUGGUGGCCUUGGUUAUUCUGGUUAUUGAGCAUCUUCUGUGCCAUAUUGGGAGUUUGUCUGAUCUUUGUUAUCCCAAACAAUAUUAAUUCAGAAACGUAUACUGUUAAACAAAUUAUUGAGAAAUUUGAUUUCUUAGGCUCUUUCAUUGGUAUAACUGGAUUAAUCUUAUUAAAUUUUGUUUUAAUCCAAGGUCCAAUAACUGGCUGGUCAUCAAUUUAUAUUAUUGUUUUACUAGUCUUGAGUAUUUUUUUAAUAAUAGCCUUUUUCAUUCUUGAAUUGAACUUCAUAAAAUAUCCAUUAUUACCAAGAUCAAUAUUUACUAUCAAAAUUGGGUUAAUCUUAUCAUGCAUUUCAUUCGGUUGGGGUUCAUUUGGGGUCUGGCAAUACUAUUACUGGAGUAUAAUUCUUAAUUUCAGAAAUUAUACUCCAAUAGAAGGAAGUUUAACUUAUACUCCAUUCUUAGUAUUUGGAAUAUUAGCUUCAAUGAUAGUAUCCAUUAUAAUUUCAAGAAUCAGACCCUCAUUAAUCAUAUCAUUCGCUUCAAUUUGUUUUAUGGUAGGUUGUGCAAUGUUAUCAAUCAUGCCAAUCCAUCAAUCAUACUUUGGAAUUGCCAUGGGUCAAAUGUUUAUUUUAUGUUGGGCCAUGGAUAUGAGUUUCCCUGCUGCUUCUAUUAUUUUAUCAGAUUAUUUACCUAUAAAACAUCAAGGUAUGGCAGGGUCAUUAGUAACAACUGUGAUAAAUUAUUCCGUUUCAUUAUACUUGGGAUUUUCCAAUACGGUUCAAAUAGAAGUAUUGAAUAAAAAUGGUAAUGAUGUGAUUGAUAGUUAUAGAAAAGCUAUAUAUUUCGGUAUUGGAGUUGCUGGAUUAGGUGUAUUACUGUCAUUUGUUUUGGUUUAUUUACAGAAAAAUGAUGAUGUUGGAACUCUUACACAGAAAGAUGUCGAAUUAGAGAUAUAUAGUACUGUUUCAAAUGAAAAAGAUAAAGAGUAAUCAAACACAUAGCAUAAUUUAUAGAUUUUAAUAGACACUUCAUUUUUUAAUUUUGCAAUCUCUUUAUAUUUUGUGUGCAGGUCUGAUGUUUUGAUAAUUUUCAAAUUUGAUUUGUUUACAAAACCAACUUAACAAAAAUUACCAGCAGUAACA